AUGGAGGACGAACCCCGCUCCCUCAAAAACGUCUUCGCCGACGCCGAAUCCAAACGCCUCACCCUCGAAAACACCCCAUUCACCCCCAAUUCAACCGAAUACGCCGACACCGUCUCAUCCGCCAUCAAGCUCUACCAAGAGUCCCUCGCCCUAGCCAGCGCCGUCUCCCUCUUCAGCCCCAACGAAUCCCUCGAAGACCUCUCCACCACCGACCUCCCUUUCCUCCUCAUCAACUUCCACCUCGCCGAAAUCACCCAAAAGAUCCCCUCUUCCCCUUCCUCACCCCGCGACGACCGCAAACGCAUCCUCUCCGCCGCCCGCGACGCCUACGAGCGCUACCUCCACCUCCUCGACAGCUACAGCCUCCUGCCCCCACCCCACAAAAAGCUCCUUGAGCAAUACACCGACGCCCCAACGACCUUCACCACCGUAUCCCUCACCGCCAACCCCGAAGCCCGCCGCAACGCCAAAAUAGCCAACUUCAAACUCGAAAAAGAACUCCGCACCAAACUCGACUUUCUCCGCCGACGGCCCGAGUACGGCACCGAAGACGACCGACGUGGCGGGACGGCCGGUGCGGGGGAUGAGGAUGCCGUGCGGGAGGUGCAUUUGGCCCAUCUGGCGUAUAGCACGCAUAUGACUUUCCAAGCGCUGGAGGGUCUCAACCGGGAAUGGGAAAUCCUAUCCCUCGCGCCACCACCACCACCGCCGUCCCAAUCCAACGGUUCCAACCCAUCAGACGCCCGCGACCGCCAACGCUACGGCGGCCUCGGCGACAACACCACCACCACCCUCGACCAGCCCCGCAACAACACCAACUCCCUCCUCAACCGCGGCGGCCCCCUCCUCUCAAAACAAGGCAAACCCCUCCAACCCUUCACCCUCCUCCCCGGCGGGGGCGCCAACCGGGCCGAAAUGACCCGCAACGUCUUCCGCCCCAGCCACAACCUCCCCACCAUGACAAUCGACGAGUACCUGGACGAAGAGGCCCGGCGCGGGGGGAUCAUCGAAGGAGGUGGGGAAGCGAGCGGACGACGGCCGGAGCCGGAUGAAGAUAAUUAUGAGAAGGCGGAUGCGGAGACUAUGAAGGCGAGGGCGUGGGAUGAGUUUGUGGAGGCUAAUCCGAAGGGGAGUGGGAAUACGUUGAAUCGGGGGUAG